GCCGUUGGCCGUCGCGCGGCUUCGCGGUUGUCUUGGAGAAGCAAGAUGGCGGCGACGGCGGCCGCGGUGGUGGCCGAGGAGGACACGGAGCUGCGGGACCUGCUGGUGCAGACGCUGGAGAACAGCGGGGUCCUGAACCGCAUCAAGGCCGAGCUGCGGGCAGCCGUGUUUUUGGCGCUGGAGGAGCAGGAGAAAGUCGAGAACAAAACUCCUUUAGUCAAUGAGAGCCUGAGGAAGUUCUUAAAUACAAAAGAUGGCCGUUUAGUGGCUAGUCUUGUUGCAGAAUUUCUUCAGUUUUUCAACCUUGACUUUACCUUGGCCGUUUUUCAACCUGAAACUAGCACGUUUCAGGGUCUAGAAGGUCGAGAGGAUUUAGCCCGAGACUUGGGAAUCAUUGAAGCUGAAGGCACUGUGGGCGGGCCCUUGUUACUGGAGGUGAUUCGCCGCUGCCAGCAGAAGGGGAAAGGGCCCGCCAGCGCAGAGGGUGCGCCAGAUCUGUCUGAUACACGUUCUCCACCAAAGUCGCCAGAAGCAAAAACCAGUUCACAGACCACCCCCAGUAAGAUACCAAGGUAUAAAGGACAAGGUAAGAAGAAGACAAGCGGGCAGAAGGCUGGUGACAAGAAGGCCAGCGGCGAGGCCAGUCAGAGCGACACGAGCGCCUCCUCGUCGGAGCUGAGGAGCAGGAGCAGUCCUCACCUGCUGCCCCAGGAAGCCAAAGCCGGGUCUCUCUCGAGCCCCGGAACCUCAGACGGCGCAGACAGAGCCGGCCUCUGUGCAGAUGAAGACGACCCGGAAGGGGACUCUUUCUUUGACGACCCUAUUCCUAAACCCGAGAAAACGUACGGCUGGAGAAGUGAAGCUAGGAGGCAAGUGGGCAGCCUGGCCCCCCUCUCAGACGCGCCCCCCGUGCGGAGUGGACUCAGCUCACUGGAGGGAGCCCCCUCCUUGAAAGACUCUGAGAGCAAGAGAGGAAGCACGGUGUUGAAGGAUCUGAAGCUAGUCAACGAUAAAAUGGGGUCCCUGGGAUUAGGCACUGGAGAAGAUGAUGACUAUGGUGAUGACUUUAAUAGUACCAGCCAUCGCUCAGAAAGAAGCGAGCUAAGUAUCGGUGAAGAGAUCGAAGAAGACCUCUCUGUGGAAAUUGAGGACAUCAACACCAGCGAUAAACUUGAGGACCUCACGCAGGACCUGACUGUGUCCCAGCUGAGUGACGUGGCGGACUACCUGGAAGACGUGGCGUAGCCUCGAGGAAGAAAGGCCCUGACCAGAGGCCUGGACGCCCCGCGGCAGGGUCUGCCCCGUGUGCCUUCGUUCAGAGACUGCAGAUAUUUUUGAAGUUAACUUUUCAGUUUACUAAACAAAAUACUUCCUACGUGAGCGCAUGUGUGGAAGGUUUCAUACUCUUAAUUUGGCUUAGCCGUACAUGUGUCUGGACAUCGAGCAGGAAGGACAACCCUGAGGCCAGCAGUGUUGUGACCACCACAAGGCAGGUCCGUGAGCCGCAGGUGUACACAGCUCAGAGUGAGUGCGGGCACAGCUGGCCCCAGGAGGCGGCUCUUACCAGCUGCCCGCGGAGUGUUUUGAUGGUAGGGGCUCUGCACGUGGUUGGCAGAAUACUGGGUGAAUUUGUAACACGGAAGCAUAUCGAUGUCAGUUAAACUUGCUGUGUCGACUUCAUUCUGUGUUUCCUUCCAUUUGGGAGGUCUGUUAGACCAUUAAGGUUAUAUUAAAGUACUCUUGUGUGUGUUUGCUUGUUUUAAAGAGACAGAACUGUCAACAAUAGCAUUCGUAGUCGCUGUCCUCCUGUGGUCCCUGUCAGCAUCGUUAGUGACGGGUUAGAAUCUGUUGUCUGUAAGAUACCUUGACAUUCAGUACCAAAAUGCAUCUGAAACCAAUGAGCGGUGCUUUUAUUUCAGAUCUGUAAGUUGAUUACAUUAAGAUCCAAAUUGGAAUGGAAUAGUAGUAAUGGCCUAAGACCAUAUUCAGUUUGACCGUUUGAUUCACUGUACAGAGCUCAUCGCAGCCUUUAGAAGUGGCGGUGGGACAGACUUCCCAGCAGCCUGCGCGCCUGUGAUGCAGCCGCACAUGGGAAAGCAGGUGGAGUGACGCACGUGUACUCACGUAGAUAAGGAAGGUGCGACCGUGUCACACUUUAUAUUUUUUAAUUUCAAGUAAAUUAUGGGUUUUUAUUAAAAGUUACUUUUUUAAGUAAAAGGAGCAAAUUAGGUGUAAUUCUUUGGUCUCAGUGAGCAGACUUUGUGGCUGCACGAUGCCUGUUCUCUUGUUAGCCUAAACAUUGCAGGGACAUUUGUUGGGCCCUAAAAUGUAGGGGGAAUAAAAAUGUGAGGGCGAAGGCUGUCCCGCCUCAGGGUCUGGUUGUGCCGUGGCGGUGAAGCCGAGCUGUGAAGGCUGUCCCGCGUCAGCGUCUGGUUGUGCUGUGGUGAAGCCGAGCCAUGAAGGCUGUCCCGCGUCAGCGCCUGGUUGUGCCGUGGUGAAGCGAGCUGUAGCUGUCGAGAGGAAGGAGCACAGAGCGUGGUGGUCAGAUGCUCCUGGCUGCGUCGCCUGUCACUUGUGCACGGACAGCACUGGGUGCAUCCUCUCGUCCACGGUCGCUUUCUGAGAGCGCUCUGUUCUGUCCUGGCCCCUAUGGUCUGGGUCAGUGGCGUGAUUUAUUUUUGUUUAUGGUGCUAGAUGUUAGUGGAUUGGUUGUAUAGCAUAGCAGGAUAUGGCCUUUAAUUUUGGGGACCUGGGGAGAGCAGCGUGUGGAAUUCGUCAUUCUUGUACUGCGCCACCUACUGCUGCUCCCUGGGCGGGGCAGGACAGCAGCUGCAAGCGUCCUGUUGAAUCGUGAACGACCUGGAGUCAACGUGGAAAAGUUACUCCAGCCGCACUCUGAUGGUCUGUCAGACUGGGGGGAGGUGACAGUGUUCCAUGUCAUUACUGUUCUCUUUUGUUAGAAACCAAACACUGAAACAGUCACCCCCAAAAUGCAUUUUAUGGUGACCUGUAUCACAGUGAGUUUGGAAAAUGCCAGGUCUUUGAUUUUACUGAUAACUGCAAAUGAAUAAAAAGUAUUUCCUUGUUCCUGUUCUGUA